UUCACCAUUCACUUGGGUUUUUAAGCUAUCAUACAGAAGCAACCGCAGGUAGGAGAUAUAUAUCAAUUACGAUGAACGAAGAAAGUGAGUCAAAAUUAGAAUGGUGGACAAGAGUUAUUAAAAAUGUUGGAAAUUGGCUGGCACACAAGGAUAAGGUUAAAUGGUUGAAGGACAUGAGAGGAUUGCUAUGUGUGGUGGCUACUGUAAUCGCAACAAUGACCUUUCAAAGUGCAAUGAAUCCACCAGGUGGCGUUUGGCCACCAGGUGGCGUUAGGCCACCAAUGCCAAUAGCUCGUGAAAAAAUUAAACAAAGCCAAUGUGGACAAGUUGUGUGUCCUGGACAGUCUGUCCUAGCUGUUGUUUUAGAAGAUGAAUACGAGCUAUUCCUUAUUUGGAACACAACAUGUUUCGUUUCAUCUCUAGCAGUUUGUCUCUUGCUUGUAAGUGGCUUUCCUCUGAAUCACCGAUUUUUCACCUGGCUUUUGUCAAUAGGCAUGUGCAUCACCAUCUCUAGCCUCACACUUACUUACCUCUCUGUUGUGGAUAUGACCAGCCCAGGUGACCUUUGGGUUGAAAACUUUUUCAUCUUUCGAAUAGUUCUUUAUAUUUGGAUUUCACUGUUAGGACUUGUCGCUUUUGUGCAUUCCCUUCGCAUAUUUAUUUGGAUUGUCACUUUGUGGAUUGACAGACGUAAUAAAAAACCCUAAACCUUA